AUUGCUCUCCAACCAAACCUCGUCUCGUCUUCUCUCCGCUACCACCACCACUGCUCGUUUUACAGAAACCGGAAGGAACCAAACGCCUUUCCGCCCCGGGCCGCCGCUACCCAAGCCCAGCAACCACCACUCGUUGUCGUCGACUACUAGGCGGCAAGCAGGCGUCCUGUUUUUUUUUUUUGGUCCUCGUCGUCGUCCGGACUCCGGACAGGACAGGACAUGGGCGCGGAGGCGGCGGAGCGCGACAGAAUCAGGGGCCCGUGGAGCCCCGAGGAGGACGAGGCGCUGCGGCGGCUGGUGGAGCGGCACGGCGCGCGCAACUGGACGGCGAUCGGGCGCGGCGUCCCGGGCCGGUCGGGCAAGUCGUGCCGCCUGCGGUGGUGCAACCAGCUGUCGCCAAGGGUGGCGCGCCGCCCCUUCACGGCCGACGAGGACGCGGCCAUCGCCCGCGCCCACGCCCGCCUCGGCAACCGCUGGGCCGCCAUCGCGCGCCUGCUCCCCGGCCGCACCGACAACGCCGUCAAGAACCACUGGAACUGCUCCCUCAAGCGCAAGCUCGGCGCCGCCGCCGCCGCGUCCGGUUCGGCGGUUUCCGCUGACGACUCCGCCGCCGCCGCCGAGACCGAGGCGCGCCGGGGCAAGAUGAUGAUGAUGAGCAUCUCGCCGCCCGACAGCCCCUCGGGGUCGGGGUCGGGGUCCGACCGUAGCGACCUCAGCAGCCACGGCGCCGGGUCCGGGUCCGGGUCCGGGUCCGGCCAGAUUUACCGCCCCGUGGCCGCGCGCUCCGGCGGGUUCGAGCCGGCGGACUGCGCCAUGAGCCGUCCGCAGGAGGAGGACCCGCUCACCGCCCUCAGCCUCUCGCUUCCCGGCACGGACCAGCGGUUUCACCACCACAGCGCCGCCGCCGACAGCCACUUCCAGGAGCUCCCGCCGUCGCCCUCCUCACCCGCGCCCUCGGCCUACCCGUUCAGCCCCGAGUUCGCGGCGGCGAUGCAGCAGCUGAUCCGCACCGAGGUGCAGCGGUACAUGGCGAGCGCGGGCCUGCGCGCCGGCUGCGGCGCCGUUGGCGCGACCGACCUCUGCAUGCCGCAGCUGGUGGACGGCGUCAUGCGCGCUGCCGCCGAACAGGUCGGCCGGAUGCAGUAGCCCCGCGCCCCCGGCGGGGGCAUCAAACCGUCAGUGCUCCCAAAUCGUCGUCUAGCUAGGGCGACCGCAACGCAACGGUUGUUGGAGUAGCAAACUUGGUUUUAAGGUGGAGGGAAAAAUUGGCUGGGCUGAAAGCAGAAAGCCUUGUAAUGUACAUGAAAGAAACGGAACGGAUGGCGCGCUACAAUCUGAGCUCGCCAUUGCCGCAUAUAUCUGCUUUAAGAGAGCAUUGCGCUGCCUUGCCUAAUCGAAACGAAACGACACGAAAUGUUGCCUGC